UCACCGAGUAUAUACCAUUCAUAAGCCUUUUUAAAUCAAUGAUACAUAAUAAUUCAAGUCUAGACGUCAUACAAAAAUUAUACUACUUAAGAUCAUAUCUCAUAGGUGAACCUUUAGACUUAAUAAAAAAUUUACCAAUAACCCCUGAAAGCUAUAGUGAAGCACUCAAAUUAUUAGAAAAUAGGUAUGAAAAUAAGUAUAAAAUUGUGAAUGAACACAUAAGCCAUUUGUUAGAUUUAAAAUGUAUCACUAAGUCCACGGCUAGUAAUUUAAGAGACUUUGUGUCAUGUAUUAGACAACAAUUAGCUGCCAUAAGCAUUCAUGAGCCUAAUGUAAUACAUUGGAGUCCCAUACUUCUUUGCAUUUUCUCCCGUAAACUAGAUAGCUUUACAACGAGAGCCUACCAAAUGGAUAGAAGCUCUGAUAACAAGCCGAGCCUGGAAGAGUUUCUCCAGUACCUUGAGAAACGGGCCUUGGCUUUAGAAAAUGCUGAGCAAGGUCACACUGAGGGUAACUCACGGGUAGCUGCUCUCGCCACGCAGGGAUCAUCAUGCAGUUACUGUAAGUCCAAAGAACAUAAACUUUUUAAAUGUAAAAAAUUCUAUUUAUUGACAGCACAGGAAAGAAUAUUAUUCAUAGAAAAAAAUAAACUUUGUAUUACAUGUUUAGGUACACAUAAGGGCAAAUGUAGGUUUCACUUCCGAUGUUCAGACUGCAAGGGCUGUCACAACAGCUUAGUCUGCAAUUCUCCCGCCCUGGCACCUCCUGUUACCUUGACAGGCAACAUUGAUAAUAAUGUACUCCUGCCCACAGCAAGAGUAAAGGUGUUCAGCAAGAAUGGCCGAGAGUACCGCAUCAAGGCUUUACUAGAUAGCGGUUCACAGGUAUCGUUAGUGACCUCAAAGGUCAUAAAAAUAUUAGGUUUGACUCCCACACCCAAUAACACAAAUAUUAUUGGCAUAUCUAACACUAAAAAUAAUACAAAGUACUGCAUCCCAUUAGAGGUGCAUUCUAUGCACAUUCCGUUCAAAAAAAUCAUCAACUGUCAUGUAGUAGAAAAUAUAACUUGUAAACUUCCCCAGAGUAACAUUGAUAUUUCCAAAAUUCACAUACCAAAUAAUAUAACUUUAGCCGAUGAACAGUUCAAUGUACCAAGUGAAAUACAUAUACUCAUUGGUGCGGAUGUGUUUUUCCAGACCCUGUUGCCGAGCAAUCAGAGCGUGGUGGUGGUGCCAAUGAACCUCAGCUCACCAGCUGCAAAUGAUCCUCACGGGUCACAACAGGUUCUCCCUACUGCUUCGUGUCACACUACAUCACAAGGGUCUCCAGGGUUUGAAUUACACAUAUUUCCAACACUAUUUGGUCACAUAAUAGGAGGAGGUUUGCCAGUCGAUUUAUCCAAACCAUCUUGUCACAAAGUAGCAUUAAAAUGUGAGCUAGAUAUACAAAAAACAAUUUCUCAGUUUUGGUCUUAUGAAAAGGUCCCAGAAUUAUUCCAUGAAAAAACUUCUGAACAGGAGCUGUGUGAACAAAUAUUUCAAAGCUCUGUCAAAUUAGAAAAUAAUCACUUUCAAGUUGCCUUACCAUUGAAAUUACCUUUAGAAGAUAUUAAUGGUAUAUUAGGCGAAUCCUUUCACCUCGCUUUAAAGAGAUUUUUAAAUUUAGAAAAGAAAUUGCAUUCAAAUCCAAAUCUAUUCAUGCAAUAUCAAAGAUUUAUCCAUGAAUACUUAUCACUUAACCAUGGUCAUUAUAUGGACAUUGAACUGUAUGACAUAAACAAACAAGCAACUUACUAUUUACCCCAUCAUGCAGUAAUAAAUGAAAAUUCAAGUACAACCCGACUUCGGUGUGUAUUUGAUGCUUCAAUGAAAACUGACAAGAAGGUCAGCUUAAACAGUUUACAACUCAAUGGACCGGUAGUGCAAAAAGAUCUUUUUGAUAUACUCAUGCUAUUCAGAUUUGGCAAAUAUACAUUCACAACGGACAUCAAACAUAUGUUCCGCAAUAUAAAAAUUGAUCCCAAAUUCACUUCUCUACAAAACAUACUUUGGAGAGACAAUCCAAGUGAAUCAAUUAAAUGUAUUAGAUUAGACACAGUAACAUACGGUUUAAAAAGCUCUAGUUACUUGGCAAUUAGGUACGAAAAUUUGUAUCCUCUAGCUUCCAACAUAAUUAAUAAUCAUACAUAUGUUGACGAUAUUCUUUACACAGAUCAUGAUUUCAACUCAGUUAUAACUGCAAGGAAUCAACUACGCGAAAUACUCAGUCUAGGUGGAUUUCAUACACACAAGUGGGCCUCAAAUAAUAAAAGCAUACUGUCGGAUAUACCACAGACCGAGCAACAACAUUUUUGUAGUUUAGAUUUGCAAAAAGAAAAUUUCGACAUGAAAGCUUUAGGGCUGCGCAUUAAUGUUAUAGAUGAUAACUUUAUAAUAUCAUCCCCUGAACCGUUUAACCCUAAAGAAAUAACAAAAAGAAGAAUAUUAAGUUACAUAGGUAGGUUCUACGACCCUAUGGGGUUUGCAAGUCCUAUUAUAGUAACAGCAAAGGUCAUCAUGCAAAAAUUAUGGCUACAAAAUAUUGAUUGGAAUUCCACUCCCCCUCUUAACAUUCAAGAAGAGUGGGUACAGUUUACAGCUGAUCUAUUAGCAAUGGAGCCAAUUAAACUAAGUAGAAAUAUAGAUAUUUCAGAAAAUUACACUGCAGAGCUGGUGGGAUUUGCUGAUGCUUCGAGUUCCACGGCCUACGGUUGCUGUGUAUACCUGCGAGUCAACAAAUUAGGUAACUCAAAUGCUUACUUGCUCUGUUCGAAAUCUAGAAUAAAUCCUAUUCAAAAGAAGGGCAUGACAGUGCCAAGGCUUGAAUUGAAUGCUGCACUCUUGUUAUCUAAGUUAAUGGCAAAAACAUAUGAUUCAAUUAAGCUUAAAGUUAAAAUAAAGGAUGUAUAUCUAUUCAGUGAUUCAAAGAUUGUUCUUGCAUGGAUUGACACUGAAUUGAUGCAGCUUCAAGCUUAUAUAGCGAACAGAGUGAGUGUCAUUCGUCAGGCUACAGGUGCCUGGUCAUGGCUUUAUGUCAACACCAAAGAAAAUCCUGCCGACCUCAUCAGCAGAGGGCUAAAGCCAGGCGAGCUGAACCGGUGCCAGUUAUGGUGGAACGGGCCACAGUUUCUACGUAACAAAAUAAGGCGACAGCUGCUCAACAGCUAAUGGGCUCACUGCCAGCCAGCCGUGUCACAGCCACGAGCCGACCGUUCCAGGUUAUCGGCUUGGAUUUUGCUGGGCCUGUAGACGUCAAGCUAUCGCGAAUUAGACGCUCUGUAGUCGGAAAAGGUUAUAUAUGCGUUUUUGUAUGCUUUACCACGAAGGCAGUUCACUUAGAACUGGCUUCGGACUUAACCACAGAAACAUUUCUAGGCUGUCUCAAAAGGCAAAUAAGCAGACGUGGAAAGCCCAGCCAGGUCCACUGUGACAAUUUUAGCUCAUUCAAAUCGGCUAGCAACCAAUUAAAUGAAUUGUAUAAGCUGCAUGCAUCUCAGUAUCACCAGGCAAACGUACAAAAAUUUGCUGCAGAACAAGGUAUAAAUUUCCAUUUCAUUCCGUGCUAUUCUCCUACAUUUGGUGGUCUCUGGGAGGCAGCAGUUAAAAGUACAAAAUACCAUUUAAGGCGAGUUGUACAAAAUAGUUUAUUAACAUAUGAACAGCUUAACACAGUUCUUUGUGAGAUUGAAGCUGUACUUAAUUCAAGACCAUUGUUAUCACUCUCAUCUGAUCCAGAUGACUUUUGUUAUUUAACACCUGGUCACUUUAUUAUUGGUAGUGCGUUAACUAUGUAUCCAGAAAACAAUUUAAUUAAUGUACCUAAAAAUAAACUUAAGUUUUGGCAGCUAUGUACUAAUUUAAAACAACAAUUUUGGAAGGUUUGGCAUAAAUAUUAUUUAAAUAUUCUCCAAAAUAGGCCAAAAUGGCGCCAAGACCAGAAUAAUGUUAAAGUAGGAAGUUUAGUUAUUCUAAAGGAUGAUAAUUUAUAUCCUAUGUACUGGCCCAUGGCACGAAUUGUAAGAUUAUGUCCUGGUCACGAUGGAAAGGUCAGGGCCGUCGAGGUCAUUACCCCAAAUAAAAAAACACACGUUCGGGCCAUUAACAAAAUAUGUGUAUUGCCAAUAGAUUCCAAUUAGUAUUUAAUUAUUAUAAGAAUGUUUAUUAAGAAAAUUUUAAAUUUAACAUUGUAAGCAACAAUUAAACUUAACUUGUAAAAUGUUUAAAUUUCCAGUUUACAUAUUAUUUAACAAUUGUAUAGUUCAUAACAUCAUGAGGCCGCAGCAUGUUGCAGGCAACAUUAUGGUAAAUAAAGGAAUUGUAUAAAAUCGUGCUGGCAACACUGCCCGCCGAUUGUAAUUUGUAAUCGCUCCUCUUGCCUUCCGACCACCGGCCUAUGUACACAUGUUCAAUUUAUAUUUCUCAUAAUUAAAGUGAUUUUUCCAUUCA